GUCAAGAACGGCUCUGUAAUCAUACGAAUUGUGAAAGUGCCUUGUCGAAAUAUCGAGCGACUGGCUACUUCACAUCGUCGUCGUCGUGCCCACAUUGAGGAACAAUAAAAAUACUCGAGCGAUUGCUCGUCGCUGUCGCUUUCUACAUCGAGAAGUAAACUUGGCUAAAGCUAAAGUGUCAGUAACGAACGUCACGAACAAUAUGGCGAACGUUCAAUGGUAGGCGGAUAUUUUGCUUGACGCAGAAACGUGUUACAUGCUGUCUGAUAGCUGUCAAACCUGCAGAGAAGCAGAAGAAUGGAGUUGUUCCGCACUGACACCCAUUUCAUCUUUGUGAAAGAGAAAUACAGCCUCUGGUGUGACAAGUAUACCGGCGAAUUCGCUGCGAAAUCAGAUUGGGAAUGGGCUACGCCGAGGGAUCUAGAAUGUCUGGGAAUGUUUUAUGGCAUAGUGGGAAAAAUUGAACAGGCGUCAGUAUUGGAACCUCGCUUAAUGCUUAUAAAGGAUGUAACACCAGUGGGAGAAUUACACGAUGAUCAUGUUGUUUACAAAAUCAAAUCUAUCGCAUUUCUACAUCUUGGCACAGAUAAUGCAGAUAUUGGCUUGUUGCCUUGUAAGAAACAUCAGUAUGGAUUGAAGAAAAGAGGAGGUAUUGGGUUGUUUGACGUGCCACAGAAGGCAGCCCUGGCAAAGACCUGGGGUACAAUCAAGAAUGCUACAAAUACUAUAAAAAAUACCACACAGCAGGCUGCUGCAUUAGCUACGUCUCAAGUGAAGUCUACAGUAACAAAACGGAACAUAGUGAAAGACAAAGAAAGAUUUGAAAAGAGAAUAUUGGAAGAAUUAAAUAAGAUAUUUACCGAAACUGAUUCCUUCUUCUUUUGUCAGACUGGUGAUAUUACUAACAGUUUGCAACGACAAUGUAUAGCAGAAUCUCAGCAAUGCAAUCAGGAUAAACCAUUGUGGCAACGGGUGGAUGACAGAUUCUUCUGGAAUAAACAUAUGUUACAUGACAUUAUUAAUUUAGAUAGAGAUAAAGCAAACUGUUGGAUAUUACCAAUCAUUCAAGGAUACGUUCAAAUAGAAAAAUGUGUAGUUGAAGUGGGUUUUGAUGAGCAGCCACAGCAGGAGAUAUUUAACUUAGCAAUUAUAUCAAGGAGGAGUAGAUUCCGUGCUGGGACCAGGUAUAAGAGACGUGGAGUGGAUGAUGAUGGGAAGUGUGCAAAUUAUGUUGAGACUGAACAAUUAGUUUGGUAUCACGAUCAUCAAGUAUCCUUUGUACAAGUACGAGGUAGCGUGCCAGUAUAUUGGUCGCAACCUGGGUACAAAUAUAAGCCUCCACCGCGAAUUGAUAAAGAUGAGGCUGAAACACAAAUAGCAUUUGAAAAACAUUUUGGUGAAGAACUCGCAUUAUAUGGACCUAAUUGCAUCGUUAACCUGGUUGAACAGUCUGGCAAAGAAAAGAUAAUUUGGGAAGCUUAUAGUAAUCAUGUGUUUAACUAUAAUCAUUCAGAUAUUACAUACACUACCUUCGAUUUCCACGAAUAUUGUCGAGGAAUGCAUUUCGAAAAUGUAUCUAUUUUGGUUAAUGCAUUGACCACAGUGCUAGCAGAUAUGGGUUACUGCUGGUGCGAUAAACAAGGUACAAUUUGCAUGCAAAAGGGCAUAUUUCGUGUGAAUUGCAUAGAUUGCUUAGAUAGAACAAAUGUGGUGCAAACUGCUCUGGGAAAAGCUGUUAUGGAAAUGCAAUUUUCGAAACUGGGACUAAUACCACCUGAUGGAACUUUGCCUACAAACAUAAGACAGACUUUCCAAUUACUUUGGGCCAAUAAUGGGGAUAUUAUUAGUAAGCAGUAUGCAGGAACAAACGCUUUAAAGGGAGAUUACACGCGUACCGGGGAGAGAAAAUUUACUGGCUUGAUGAAAGACGGCAUGAAUUCUGCAAACAGAUAUUAUCAGCAACACUUUAUGGAUGACUUACGUCAAGCAGCGAUAGAUACGCUGCUAGGAAACCCGAUUGACGUUGAUCAACUGAACAACGAUUGGUCACAUUAUUUAGAUAUCUUUGAUAAUUGCUGUCUUGAACUUAUACCUAUGAAACCACCAAAUAUACAACUUCAACUUGCUACUCAUCCCGACUUUCUUUAUGCCACUGCCCUCUAUAAUUUAGCAAGAUAUUACUUGAAUCGUUUCAAGGAUGUCUACAGGCAAGCGACAAUUGACAUGAUGUUGGGAAAUUUGGUAAGCGAAGAAGUAUUCUUAGAGCGUACCGACGAGGAAGACAACGCAGCAACUGCGAUUCAUGUGAAAUUACUAAUCGAAGACUGCAAAAAGUUACUGAUACCUGAUCCCGAAAUUAUACUAGGCAGUUGGGGUGUCAUCGAUGCUGAUCCCAUUACCGGUGACCCAACGGAAACGGAAAUGGAUACUAUUCUGAUAUUAACUUUAGAUAGUUAUUACGUAGCAGAUUAUGAUGAUCAAAUCGAUAAAGUUACAAAUUAUCAAAGAAUCCCGCUAAAUGAUAUCGUCUUAAUCGAAUUCGGUCAGCCUGAGAAUACAGUUUCGUUCUUCAAGAAUAAGCAUUAUCACUGUAUCAGAAUCAAUUAUAAGAUGAAUGGCGAAUACGGUUACUUUCACAUGUUCCGCAGUACAAAUUUAAGGUUUUUUAAUAACAUGGCGGUUGUGAUCAAAACUGAAGAAGAAAGCAUAGAAUCUUUAAAAGCAAUUUGUGAAGCUAUUUCUGUAGCUAUGGAAAUAGCAGGCUUACCAAAGAUUCCCAUAGCCAUGAAUGUCACGUUAGAUAAGAGAAAGAGUAAAGUAGUGAAUGUUAAAGGCUCUACUGGAUUACUGGACAUUUCGUCAUUUCCAGAAUUGACGAGAAAUGUAUCCGAGACGCAAUUACUCGCUUUAAAGACAGCAGGUACAAAAGCUUUAAGCAACAUGUCGGAACAAUUUAGCAAAUUGAACAAACUGAGUCAGAGUUUCAGCACAAAGAAGCCAAUUGAUUUAGCAAAGAGCAUAGGUAAUAGAAAGACGGAAGAGUUAUCAAAGCCGGUCUUUAUGGUCGGUAACAGAGAUAUCUCAGGCAAUGUGAAAGAAAAAAGCAGCAAUAGCAACAGUAGCAGUAGCAGCGAUGAAAAUAUCGAAACGAUACAUAUUCAUGUCAAAAAGCCAACAAACUUUAGCCACGACAAGCAUUUAAUGGAAGCAUACACUCCAAUGAUCGGUAUUAUUAUGGGUGUGAAAAACACCAACAUUGUGGAUGGUGACGUUUGCGAGAGCAGCGUGAACGCGGGAUUAUCUACAAUGAGACAUAAUUCAGAUUUGAAACCCGACAUAGCCAUUGACGCAUUGCACUUAAUACCGCAACAUGGCUCUGGCACCAGCACUCUCAGCGCUUCUCCGCAGAAAACUACAGCAACCACGCCAGAAAUAACGGUGUACGACGUAGAGGACAGCAUACACGAGGAAAAGAAACGGAUGAUUCCACCGUCAACUUUGACACUUUUAAAAAAUAUCAGUCAUUCGACGGGCGAUGUUGAAGAUAAAACGUUAUUAUCCGGUGUCAAGAGUGCUACUCUUCAAACAGACAAUAGAUUGGACGAGAAAAAAAGAUCAGCUUCCGAACAGGACUUGAUGUUGAAUAUUACAUCGUCCCAAAGCGAAUCUGCCUUAAAAUCCAUAAAACAGAAUAUCGCCAACGUUACCAGUCCAGUAGCGUCCACGGCCAAAGAUAUCCUAUUGCCGUUCUCGAAGUUUGCUAAAGGUGUUCAAACAUUAGGAGCUAAUUUAGAUCCUAGAAAGCUGAAGACAAGUCACGUAAUGCGUAAUUUGUCGGAACACCAUAUAGAAGAGCGCCAGAAACUUCAAGAAAGAUGGGCCUCGUGUCAAUCUAAACUUAUUGCUUUAUAAACCUUUACUACUUGAAGGAUCAGCUUUCCGAAUACAAUUCGUCUUAUAUUGAAUAUCAAUUUAAGGCUUAUUAAUACUGUUUGUAUUCGUAAAUAUUAUAGAUAAUAUUUAUGAAUACAAUUUUAGGAAUUUUUAGUA